UUCUACAAAGAAAUCAACCGUCCGUCCGUGGACAGCUUUGACCUAGAUUCAGUCUGGCCGAGCUGGACCGAGUGGAUCACGGACCUAGAGGCCCCUCUACCCCAUACAAAUGGAAUUGCUGGUAGAGGUUGCGCCAGGAGUUCAACGGUUGGACACAAAUGCCUGAAAGAGAGAAACGAUGCUUGUUAUCAUCCCUAUGCCAGCGUCGUGCCUCAGUGUGAACGACCUCGCUGACGAUGCAGAUAAAAUGGCCUUUUCCCCUUCGUUGUAUGUGCUUUCUUAUUCGAAGGCCUCCUUGGAAUUUAUUUUGUAGUGGGAGUCCUCCUUCGAUUAUGAGAAGCACACCCGUGUCAGAAGGGCCGCCCAUUUCUUCUGAAUGUCUAGCGAUCGCGUCAAAUGUCGCGUCGCAACCAGAUAUGACGACGGAAACCCCUUGCACACACAAUGCUCUACUUCCACAAAAGUCCCUUGGCCCAAUCACGUAUGAUGAAAACAUGACUCGCGAUAAUACUUCAAGCGAAAGCAUUCGAGAAGAACUUUCUACUUGUUGUAUGGAUACUAUUCGCCCACAAUGUUGCCCUCCCGGAUACCGGAAAAGAUCCUUUCCCUCAGAAAUGGUCGAAAAACUUAUUCGAGACUACGAUAUUCCCGCUCACCACGUCUUUUAUUACUGGAGAGACGAAGACCGUGACGACCAUACCUGUCCACUGAAUUGUGGGCAACGGUUUAUCGGACAGUCUAUCAAGGCUCAUCUUGGAAGGUUUCAUCCUAAUAUCAACAGCCGUAGCCGAAAAGAUAUAUGUUGCCGCACGCAGUCCCACUCAAAGAGCAAGUGCCCCCCUAAGAACGUUGUUCAAGAGAGAUAUUUCCUGAAGCAUUUCAUGGUGAUGCAUUCUCUUGCGCAUUCAUUGUGUCCAUUUUGUCUGGGUCGGCAGACGAGGGUCGACCACUUGUACAGGCAUUUCGCGGUUUGUAGGGUUCUACGGCCAAAAAUUUGAUUUUUUUUUUAGCUCGAAUAGUUCAUUAGUUGAUGGUACCGCUAGUCAUGUGUUUUAUGCUUUGGCAGCUCCGGCCCGGGUUUGGGAUCCAUUAAUGAAAAAUUUGCGGAUGCUCGAUAGUAUUGAUAGUUGUUUUAUACUAGGUGCACAAUUCUUGUUGAACGUAGCAAACUAGUGAAAUGAAAUAAAAAUAAGAAUGAG